UCUUCCUCUCUCUUCAUUCCCUGCGCACCACUCGAGUCGAGAGCCACCUGAUCCUUCCUUCCCCGUCUUCCUCUCCCCUGGCACGUCGCCGUCGCCAUUGCAGUGCCGCUCGAGAGCGGGAGAGGGUAGGUGGGGAGGCGGCGGGGAUGGGGCGCGGGCCGGUGCAGCUGCGGCGGAUCGAGAACAAGAUCAACCGCCAGGUGACCUUCUCCAAGCGCCGGAACGGGCUGCUGAAGAAGGCGCACGAGAUCUCCGUGCUCUGCGACGCCGAGGUCGCGCUCAUCGUCUUCUCCACCAAGGGGAGGCUCUACGAGUACUCCAGCCAUGAAAGCAUGGAAGGCAUUCUUGAGCGUUACCAACGAUACUCGUUUGAAGAAAGAGCAGUACUUGAUCCAAAUAUUGGAGACCAGGCAAACUGGGGAGAUGAAUAUGGCAGGUUAAAAACCAAACUUGAUGCACUUCAAAAGAGUCAGAGGCAACUGUUAGGAGAACAACUGGAUUCACUGACCAUAAAAGAACUCCAGCAACUGGAGCAACAACUGGACAGCUCUCUGAAGCAUAUAAGAUCAAGAAAGAAUCAGCUCAUGUUCGAUUCAAUUUCUGAGCUUCAGAAAAAGGAGAAAUCGCUUACAGAUCAAAAUGGUGUCCUGCAAAAGCUCAUGGAGGCAGAGAAAGAGAAAAACAAUACCCUAAUGAAUGCACACCUCCGGGAGCAGCAAAACGGAGCAUCAACAAGCUUGCCAUCAACAGUUCCAGAUUCCAUGUCAACUCUAAAUAUUGGGCCGUGUCAACGUAGAGGAGGAACAGUAGGGGAGUCUGAACCUGAACCGUCUCCUGCUCAAGUAAAAAGUGGCAAGCUGCCACCAUGGAUGCUCCGCAGUGUCAGUAACAGAUGAGCUGUUCCUGAUGCGGUUCAGCGGCUGAACUCGAAGACAACACACCGUCACCAACACCCAUCGGUGACCCAGGCAUCCACCGCAGCGCGAUCCAUCUCGAUCCAGUGGAUGCCGGCAUAGUCACUAAUAAGAUCAGGUAUCAUCAAGUGCUCUACAGGGUGAAUGAAGUCUGGAGCUCCCCUGCACCAUUAUAUUGGGUUUUGUUCUCGCGUCUACUGCCUACCCCUUUAUUUUUUCCUCCGAUCAGCAAGCUCGGUGUACAUCUAAAGAAAGAAGCUCGGUGUAGCUUGUGGUUGGAGAUUCUACUGCUAUGCUUGUUUCCUCUGCCUGCGUAUGCUUUAACGGAGAUGUAUGGUGUAUCAUGUUUUUCGUGUUUUACACUUUUACGAAGACAGUAGGCUCUUCUCCCGGUAAAAGGGUAGAGUCCCAGUCGAAGUGUCAAAUGCGUGAUCCGGUAUCUUAGCAGUCUUAACUGCACGAUUUCUAAUCAUGUUUAUGAUGGUUUGAUACCCUGAAUCUAAUGAUGAGCUUGCAGAA